CAUGAAAAACCAGACGAUCCGAUUUACUUAUCAAUAGGCUAUAUAAACCUGGCUCAUGGCAUUACAGUCUUUCAAUCAUGGAUACAUUCGCAGAACCAUACACACGCGCAGGAGACGACAUUUCACUUGAUUCAGUUCGAGAUCAUGUUAGAACUCUCGAAGCACGACACAAAGCCAACGGUGUUCAAUUAUCAGGCCGCAUCAUUCAUGUCUGCCAUUAUCUUCCUGUAACUUGCACGAUCACUUCAACCACUACAAGAGAUGGCAUACUCAGUCCACCUCCUACACCUCCACGUAUCCUUUCAGAUGUACCACCAAGCCCAUCCGAUGAGGUUCCUCAAAUCUCUCUUCCCACUCAACCUGAGCGUUGGAAACUCGCUCCACGCUACGGACACAGCGCAAUGACGAGUGGCAUUCGUAGUCUCAGCCUCACACACGAACAACUCAUUCUUGGAUGGACAGGCGACAUUCUAUCACCUGCAGGUCCACCCGAUGGCAAUGAUGCUGACGUCAAUCCCUCCACUGGUGAACGUAUCCCUUCCGUUCGAGAUCGUAUUCCAUCUUCUCGCAUUUCUCAAGAGGACAAGGAUGCACUCGACGUCGAGCUCGCUCAUUAUACCGACAAGAACGCACUCGAACCUGAAACCAGCAAACCAAUUACUUAUCUUCCGCUCUGGAUGGAGGAUAACGUCGCACACGGUCAUUACGAUGGUUAUUGUAAACAAACUCUAUGGCCCCUCUUCCAUUACCUCCUCUGGCAGGACGUAGCAACAGAGCAUGCCAGCGCUGAUGCCAACUAUGAAUAUUAUGAGCAGGCCAACCAAGCAUUCGCAACCCGCCUCGCUAGCGUCCUCAAACCAGGCGACCUCGUCUGGGUCCAUGACUACCAUCUCCUUCUAGUCCCUCGCAUGCUCAGAAAUGCAAUGCAUUCUGGCGCUGUGAGCGGCGUGGGCGGGGAGAAUGGCGGAGACGUCGUCAUCGGUCUAUUCGUACACACCCCUUUCCCUAGCUCAGAGGUGUUUAGGUGUUUACCGCGUCGCAAAGAAAUUCUCGACGGAAUGCUAGGCGCUAACCUCAUCUGCUUCCAAACCUACAGCUACACCCGUCACUUCACCUCCACCUGCGUUCGCGUGUGCGGGUAUGAAACUACUAGUAAGGGUGCUACGGCCACGUCUACUAGUGCAUCCCGGGGUGCGAGCGUUGUUCCGCGCAGUGCCACUGGAACUGGGGUUGGAGCCACCCGUGGAGCGAGCCUCACGCGCCGUGGAACAAGCGCGAAAGGCGGAGCAGGCGUUGAAAAAUAUGUCGGUAUUGAUGUACAGGGACAUGUAGCUGCUGUUACGCAUUGUCCGGUGGGGGUUGAUGCAGAGAGGGUUGCAAGGGAUACCCUCCGCCCAGGCGUCCAACCGAAACUCGACGCCCUCCGCGCGCUCUACGCAGACAAGAAGAUCAUCGUAGGAAGGGACAAGUUGGAUGUCGUCAAGGGGGUCUUGCAAAAGCUCCGCGCGUUUGAGAAGCUCUUGCAUGAUUACCCAGAGUGGCAGCGCAAGGUCGUACUUAUUCAGGUGACGUCCCCUGCAUUAACAGACUCCCCAAAGCUUGAGCGUCAAGUCUCGGAGCUCGUCGCGCAUAUCAAUGGGGAGUAUGGGAGUUUGGACUUUAUACCCGUACACCACUACCACCAAACCCUCAGAAAGGACGAAUUCUACGCGUUGCUGAGCGCUGCAGACCUCGGAGUAAUCACGCCCCUCAGGGACGGGAUGAACACGACCUCGAUGGAGUUCGUGAUCGCACAAGAGCGCACGAAGCGCUCGCCCCUCGUGUUGAGCGAGUUUAUGGGUAUCAGCCAGCACAUGGCUGAUGCACUUCAGGUGAACCCUUGGGAUCUUGGGGAUGUAGCAGCUGCGAUGAACCGCGGGUUGGUCAUGUCGGAGGAUGAGAAAGCUUCGAGGCACGCGGCGUUACACUCCGUCGUAACGACUCACACCUCGCACACGUGGGCUGCAGUCCUUGCCAAGAUGCUGCUCUCGCAGAUCAACGGACAGAACACUGCACGUCAAACGCCUUACAUCCCUAGAGAUAAUCUCAAGGAGCUGUAUGAUAACGCCGGGAAGCGUUUGUUUUUGUUUGAUUACGAUGGUACGCUCACGCCGAUCGUCAAGAUGCCGUCGAUGGCGCUUCCUUCUCCUGAUGCGCUGACAGCCCUCGCGAAACUUUCAUCCGACCCUAACAACAUCGUAUAUAUCGUAUCCGGCCGUGACCAAGCGUUCCUAGAGGAACACCUUGGCCAUCUUCCGCGUCUCGGGAUGAGUGCAGAGCACGGCGGAUUUAUCCGUUCGCCUGACAGUGCCGUGUGGAUGAAUUUCACUGCCAGUUUGGAUAUGAGCUGGAUGGAGGAAGUAGCGGAGAUUUUCAGGUAUUAUACGGAGCGCACGACUGGGAGUCAUAUCGAGAUGAAGAAGAGCUCGAUCACAUGGCAUUAUCGGUCGACUGAUCCCGAGUGGGGACAGUUCCAAUGCAGGCAAUGCCAAGAUUUAUUGGAGAAUAAUGUGGUGCCCAAGAGGCCGAUCGAAGUGCUCGUAGGUAAAAAGAAUUUAGAAGUGAGGCCUAUCGCCGUGAACAAGGGGGAGAUCGUCAAGCGUAUAUUAUACCAGAACCCUGGAGUCGAGUUCAUCUUUUGUGCUGGUGACGACAAGACUGACGAAGACAUGUUCCGCGCUUUACUCCUCUUCCCCCCUUCCUCCAUCGGCAAAGCGACGAUGGAGCCCCCGCUGUCUGUAAUGCUCGUUGACAACACGAAGGAGCACAGCGACGUCGAGCUCGCGGUGUCUCCCGAAGGUGUGUUCACUACUGCCGUUGGACAUAGCAGCAAGCGGACGCUUGCAAGUUGGCAUGUGACGACGCCUGAGGAGGUGGUGGAGCAUAUGUUGUUUUUGGUUGGGGAGACGCCCCAGGGGGACGACUUGAGAGGGUAUCUGUGAGCACGAGUCACGCUGCGCGGUAUAGAUUUUUUUCGUCUCGAGAUUUGUGCAAUAUGUUUGAGAACACUUGAUGUGCUUGUGCCCAUAGAUUUUCCAUAGACCACCAAUGAUGACUGUUUUGAAGUGUCGUCGGAGUUCUUGAUAAUGUAUCUCGGAGAAGCUCGCUGGCGGAACUGUCUUGUCUCGGCUUGUGUCGAGAUUG